AUGGCGAAUAGAGUAAGACCAAUUAAUAAUGUUGAGGAAAGACGAAUGCAACACGAACUUCAACAACAAUUAUCAUCCUCAAUAAUACACAAUUCAAAUCAUCAUCUUCAACAACAACAACAAGAAUAUUAUAAUAAUACCUCCUCUCAAUAUAGUAAUAAUAAUAAUAAUUCACAACAACAUAAACCAUCUUCAGCGAGUAAAAGUCAUCAUCACACUAAUUAUUACCUUAAUACAAGUCAACAACAACAAUAUUUUAAUAAUAUACAACCACCACCUCCAAGUAGUAAUAUAAUUAAUAUUAAUGAUAUUAGAAAUAAUCAAAUAGUAGCAUCACAAGCUAGUCAACAACAACAAAAGACUUCCAAUUUAAUUCAUUCAAAUUCAUCAUCUUACUAUCAUUCUCAUCAACAACAACAACAACAACAAUUACCACAAACGUCAGUGCAACAACAACCCUAUCAAUAUCAACAAUAUCUUGAUGAACCAAUUUAUAUAGCAGCAUCAUCAUCUACUACUACAACUCCAACUACUAAUAAUAGUCAACAAAAUACAGAACAAUAUUCAUUUACCAAUUCAAGAUCACACGCAUCAAUAAUAUCAUCUUCAAAUUCAACAAAUAUUACAAAUUCAACUAAUCAAACAAAUACAAGUUCUAAUACAAAUAUAACAAAUAUAACCAAUUCAAGUAAUCAAACUAAUGAAUCAUAUAUACCUUCUACAGAAAUAAAUAUAGAUAGUAAUAAUGGAGAUGAAGUUGGAAUUAAAGUAGUAGUUAGAGUUAGACCAUUUAAUGAAAGAGAAAUUAAAUUAAAAUCAAAACCAACAAUUUCAACUUUAAAACAAAAUCAUGAAAUUACUUUAAAAAGAAAAUUUAAAGAAGAUAAGAAAUUUUAUUUUGAUGAUAUUUUUGAUGAAUAUUCUACUCAAUCUGAUGUUUAUGCUUCUACUGGUAAAAGAGUUUUAGAUCGUUUUGUUUUGGGUUUUAAUUGUUGUAUAUUUGCAUAUGGACAAACAGGAUCAGGUAAAACAUGGACAAUGCAAGGUAUAAAAGGAAAUGAAAGUAAAGAAGGUAUAAUGUCUAGAUUUGUACGUGAAUUAUUUACCUAUAUAGAAAGAGAACGUAAUAGAACAGAUAUAACAUUAAAAGCAUCCUAUUUUGAAAUAUAUAAUGAACAAGUAUAUGAUUUAUUAAAUCCUAAUACAAUUAAUACUCAUCCUAUUUUAGCCUUUGGAUCAAAUGUUAAUUCAACUUGUUAUAAUCAAAAUAAUAAUCAAAAUAAUUCAAAUUCAAAUAAUAAUUCAAAUUCAAAUAAUGAUGAUGAUAAUAAUAAUAAUAUAACAAUAACAAAUAUAAAUUCAACAACAUAUGAAAUUAGAGAAGAUAAAAUUAAAGGCAUUCAUAUAAAUAAUUUAAUAGAAAAACCAAUAAUACUAGUAAAAGAUUUAAAUGAAAUGUUAAUAGAAGGAGCUAGUCGUAGAACGAUAGGAGAAACUAAAAUGAAUCAAGAAUCAUCACGUUCACAUGCCUUAUUACAAAUAUAUAUGGAACAAAUAGAUAAAGAUGAUAUGGAAGGAUAUUCUAAAAGAACUAAUAAAAUAUCCUUAAUAGAUUUAGCAGGAUCAGAAAGACAAUCUGCAACAUCAAAUAUAAAUAGACAAAAAGAAGGAUCUAAAAUUAAUUUAUCAUUAUCUAAUUUAGGAAAUGUAAUUAAUGCAAUUGUUAAAAAAUCUAAUUUUAUACCAUAUAGAAAUUCUAAAUUAACAAGAUUAUUAAAAGAUUCAAUUGGUGGUAAUUCAUAUACUUUAAUAGUUGUAUGUUUAUCUCCAUCAGAUUUAAAUAUGGAAGAAUCUUUAUCAUCUUUAUAUUUUGCUGAUAGAGCUAAACAUAUUAAAAAUAAUAAUACUUUAAAUUCUAACAUUUUAAAUAGUACUUUACAUAAUGAUUUAUAUGGAUAUGAAGUAGAUGAAGCAUUAGAUUAUUAUAGAACUAUUAAUGCUAUUGAAUUACCACCACAAUCACAAUCAAAAGAAAUACAAACUGAUUAUAAUUUAAAUACUAAUAAUCAAAAUAAUUUAAAUACUAGUACUUUAAAUAUUAGUAAUCAUAGUAAUCAUAUUAAAAAUGAAGAAGAAAUAAAUUUAAAUAAUCAACAACAAGAAUUAAUAUUUGAUGAAAUGAAAGAAGAAAUGAUUGAACAAGAAAGAAGAGAACAAGAAUUAUUAGAUCAACAAAGAUUAGAACAAGAAAUUAUAGAUCAAUUAGAUAUGAUUGAUGAUCAACCUGGUGGUAUUAAUCAUCAAUAUGAAUCAAAUGUUGGACCUUUUAUUCAACAUCAACAAUAUGAAUUAGAUGAUGAUCAACAACAAUAUUAUCAACAACAUUCACAUCCUCAUCAUGAUCAAUAUGAUCAAUAUCAACAACAUGAAUUAGAUGAACCUUAUUAUAAUAAUCAACAACAUCAUUCAAGAAGAAAUAUAAUUGCUGAUAAAAGAUCAAAUGAUGAUACUCAAUAUAGAGAAUAUAAUAAUACUAAGGGAAGAAAUCAAAUUAAACAAGAAAUACCUUCACAAACUGCAAGUGAAUAUUAUAGAGAUGAAAAGGAAAAAUGUAUUAUUUUGUAA